UCAGGAGCAUCUGCGUAUCUUUGCAAGCAAUGCGAUUGGACGCAUUUGAGAGGAGCGUAUGUUUGGCUCAUGACAAUGUGUUAUGGAUCCCACCAGGUGUCCCUGUUUCAUAAUGAUGGUAGCUUUUCUCAUGAGCUCUUUUAGAGCUCGUUGACUUUGUCGAUGUGACUCUGUUUCCGGAUAAUAUUUCAGCGCAAGGAAGGUUUCCACUAGUUACCACAGCCACAAAUGGGCUAUAUCGUAAAAUUCAUGAAAACUGAAAUGUGCUUUGUGUUCUUAAUUUAAGGUUAGGCAUAAGGUUAGCAGUAUAGUUUAGGUUUAAAAAUCACAUUUAAAGAAGUUACAUUGUAGAAAUACACGGGGUUUAUGACUUUGUGGCUGUGGUAAGUAGAAGAGACCGUGUAAAAUUGCUGCAAUGUUUACGUGUUGUCUGGGAUGCUGCGGAGAUGGGGGAACGGGGCAUCUUCUUCUCAAAGAAAUGCCCACCGUCCAGUUAGACACGCAUCAUAUGGGCACCGAUGUAGUCAUAGUGAAGAGUGGCCGGAGAAUAUGUGGCACCGGUUGUUGCCUUGCCAACGCUCCCCUGCACCAAAACAAGAGUUAUUUUGAGCUCAAGAUCCAGUCAACAGGUAUAUGGGGGAUAGGUGUGGCCACUCAGAAGGUGAACCUGAACCAGGUCCCCAUGGGGCAGGACAUCAACAGCCUUGUCUUGAGGCAUGAUGGCUCGGUGUACCACAACAACGAGGAGAAGAACCGCCUGCCUGCCAACAGUCUUCCACAGGAGGGGGACAUCAUGGGCAUCACAUAUGACCACGUGGAGAUGAAUCUCUAUCUGAAUGGGAAGAAUAUGCACUGUCCAGCUUCAGGGAUCAGAGGCACCGUGUUCCCGGUGGUUUAUGUGGAUGACAGCGCCAUCUUAGACUGCCAGUUCAGUGACUUCUACCAUACGGCACCGCAAGGCUUCGCGAAGAUUCUGUUUGAGCAGCAGAUCUUCUGAGCAGCACCUCCGUAUACCUCCAGACCUUUAUACAUACACACACACACAACCCUCAGCUAAAAGUGUUCCUUGUUGCUCUGCAGAAAUCUGUGACCUCUUCGUUCCGACUGGUUUGAGCAUCCCUUUGUGUGUGUGUGUGUGUGUGUGUGUUGUGUUGCGUCCUGGUUACGCUCUGCUUUAAUGCUGUUCUGGGUCAAUGUGGGUAGUUUAGCUCUUGUUUGAUGCCAACACUGGAGCAGUAAGAAAACGGAUCCCCAGACAACAGUGAAUGGCAUAAAGUAGACAAAGUGUGGUGUGCAUUUGCAACUGAAAGACAAUCAAGUCAGUCAAUAUUUAUUUUAUUCAGUUAUAAUCAUCCUGCAUUGCCUCAAUCUUUUAGGGGAGCUGCUUCUUUCAGAAAAGAGAGUUUAAACAAUGUUUAGGUGUUUUCUUAUUUAUAUUUAUUUGUUAAGCUGACACUAAUGUUCAAUGUUUUGUUUCCCUGAUAAUUUACAUCUAAUUCUAGAUUUAAUUAUAUGUAUUUUGAUUUGUUAUUUUAAUUAUGAUCUGUCUUUAAAAGUAAUUUGUCACGGCUCUGAUUGGCAUUCCAAAUAUCAGCAAUCUGGCGAAGCUCUGCUCAUUGGCUGUAUUUGGGGAUGUGACAUUUUCUGACCCUACUGUAUUUAACCGGUCAGAUAAAUGCAUAUCCUCCUUUGAAGCGUGUAAACGGUCUUAAAUGUUAAAUGCUUAUUUUUGUUUGCACUAAUGAGAUGUUGAAUAUUAAACCAAAUACAAUAAAGAAACUUGUCUCUGAAAGCA